GCUCUCUUGACUUGCCAGAACUACUCAGAACUGCUGUGGAGUGUUGCCUCAGUUUCUUCUUUCAGGCUGUGCCCUGUGAUUCAGGCUUUUGCUGAACUUUCUGAGAACUGGCCAGCUUUGAUCUCUACCUCCAGAUGUUCUCCAUCUACUGUUGGAGACUUGUUGAAAUGAAACCUACUCAACAUUGCAGGAGCCUGUGUUUCUCAAGUAGAGUUUGAUUGUUCUUGCACAGCAUUGUUUUGGAUAUCCAAUCUCAGUAAUUUAGUAGGCUGGGAUAAGGAACGUUUUCAUAAUGGACACCUCAUCCAAGAAAAACGCCCAUUUGUUCCACAAAAAUCCAGCGCGUCCUGUCAGAAGUCAGUCCCUUAAAGUGGGGAAUCCGUCCCCAGAGGAAGCACGGCGGCCGUGCUGUGGCGAACUCAAGGUGUUCUUGGGUGCCCUGUCUUUUGUUUACUUUGCCAAAGCAUUGGCAGAAGGCUAUCUGAAGAGCACCAUCACUCAGAUAGAGAGAAGGUUUGAUAUCUCUUCCUCUCUGGUGGGAAUAAUUGAUGGUAGUUUUGAAAUCGGGAAUCUCCUGGUCAUCACAUUUGUUAGCUACUUUGGUGCUAAGCUUCACAGACCAAAAAUAAUAGGAGCAGGAUGCCUAGUCAUGGGCAUGGGAACAAUGCUCAUCGCAGUGCCCCAGUUCUUCAUGGAGAAGUACAGCUAUGAGAAAUAUGAGAAGUAUUCUCCCUCCUCCAACCUGACUCCCAACAUCUCUCCAUGCCACCUAGAGUCCAGCAACCUGUCACCAAGCUCAGUCAUGGGGAAGUCACAAAACAAAAUACAUAAUGAAUGUGAAGGGGAUGCCAGCUCCUCCAUGUGGGUUUAUGUCUUCCUGGGAAAUCUCCUGCGAGGAUUAGGGGAAACUCCCAUCCAACCCCUCGGUAUCGCCUAUCUGGAUGACUUUGCCAGUGAGGAUAACGCUGCGUUCUACAUUGGAUGUGUGCAGACCGUGGCAAUUAUAGGGCCCAUUUUUGGCUUCCUCUUGGGUUCAUUAUGCGCCAAACUGUAUGUUGACAUUGGCUUUGUGAAUCUAGACCACAUAACCAUCACCCCGAAGGAUCCCCAGUGGGUUGGGGCCUGGUGGCUUGGUUACCUAAUAGCAGGGUUCCUAAGUCUCCUUGCAGCUGUGCCUUUCUGGUGCUUACCCAAGACUCUACCCAGAGCUCAAAGUAGAGAGGACUCUGGAUCCUCAUCUGAGAAGUCCAAGUUCAUCAUAGAUGACCCUAUUAACUACCAAAUGGCCCCUGGAGAAGAAAUGAAAUUCAUGGAAAUGGCAAGAAAUUUUCUUCCAUCACUGAAGACUCUUCUUAGAAAUCCAGUAUACAUCUUAUACCUGUGUGCAAGCACCGUUCAGUUCAAUUCUCUAUUUGGCAUGGUGACAUAUAAACCAAAGUACAUUGAGCAGCAGUAUGGGCAGUCAUCCUCCAAAGCCAACUUUGUCAUUGGGCUCAUCAACAUUCCUGCAGUGGCCCUUGGAAUAUUCUCUGGGGGAAUAGUUAUGAAAAAAUUCAGGCUGGGUGUAUUUGAAGCUACAAAACUCUACUUGGGAUCAUCUGUCUUUGGCUACCUCCUCUUCCUCUCUCUGUUUGCCUUGGGAUGUGAAAAUCCUCGUGUGGCUGGACUGACUGUGUCCUACCAAGGAACCAAACCUGUCUCUUAUCAUGAACGAGCUCUCUUUUCAGAUUGCAACUCAAGAUGUAAAUGUUCAGAGUCAAAAUGGGAGCCCAUGUGUGGGGACAAUGGGAUCACAUAUGUGUCAGCUUGUCUUGCUGGUUGUCAAUCCUCCAGUCAGAGUGGAAAGAACAUUAUAUUUUCUAACUGCACUUGUGUCGGACUUGCAGCCCCUAAGUCAGGAAACUGGUCAGGCAUGAUGGGCAGGUGUCAGAAAGAUAAUGGAUGUCCCCAAAUGUUUCUGUAUUUCCUUGUGAUUUCAGUCAUCACGUCAUAUACGUUAUCUCUAGGUGGCAUACCUGGGUAUAUAUUACUCCUGAGGUGCAUUCAACCACAACUUAAGUCUUUUGCUCUGGGUAUCUACACUUUAGCAAUAAGAGUUCUUGCAGGAAUCCCAGCUCCUGUGUAUUUUGGUGUUUUGAUUGAUACUUCAUGCCUCAAAUGGGGAUUUAAAAAAUGUGGAAGCAGAGGCUCCUGCAGACUGUAUGACUCACAUGCUUUCAGACACAUAUACCUGGGACUGACCACACUCCUUGGUUCAGUGUCCAUUUUCCUAAGCAUGGCUGUGCUUUUUGUUUUAAAGAAAAAGUAUGUUUCAAAACCCAGCAGCUUCAUAACCACCAGAGACAAAACAGUGGUGUCUUCAAGCUUCAAGAAGGAAACAUGUGCUGCAAGGGAUCGUGUGCUGCAGCCCAAGUACUGGCCAGGCAAGGAGACACGACUUUAGAAAAGUCAUGAAAAACAAGCAAACAUGGAGGUCAUUUUAUCCAAUACAUGAAAAUUCUGUAAACAAAUAAAAUCAUAAUCAAAAGGGCUUCAGCAUGUAAUUUCCUUCUCCUUUCAAAAGUGUGUCUGCUUUUAUAUUUUACUCUAAGCACCAGAUGACAGAACUCUAAUAAAUAUCACUAAGCAUAGAAGAUAUAGAUGAAAAAUGAUUUUAAAACCUUUUAACUUAUUUAUACAUUCCUUUUAAUUAUUUUCUUAUUUCUGCUUUGUUCUGCAUUGUGUCCAUUGAUAAGUAAGAUGUAUUUCUGGGAAAAAUUGUCUCUCAUGUCUGAUUAUGACAUGUCAUCUCUAAAUUGAAUCAUUUUGGGUAGUUCCUAAGAAGGGCAUUCAGUUUUAGAUCCUCUUGGAAUGCAGCAAUUGAUACAGAAAAGAUUCAUCAUGACAGAGUCUUGGAAGACUAUUUUAAUUUAUUAGUUCCCCCACUAAUCAUAUAUAUAUAUACAUAUAUAUAUAUGUUCAUUGUGACAUUAGAAGCAUCCAUGGCUGCAUUGUCAUUAAUGUCAUUGUGCUUUAUUUUCUAUACAAUGAAUUAAAAUAUUUUUAAAACAAA